AUCUUAAAAAAAAAAAAAAAAGUGUGUUACCAUGGUUGAUAAGAUUGAACACAUUGCUUUUGUCAUCUCUUGUCAAAGAGGAAGCCCAUCAACUAGGGGAAGUGGAAGGAAAUGUUCCUUCUCAGUUUGCUUACCCGAGGCUGGAUUAUAGAAACACAGAACUCUCUUGCACAGAUCAUUUGUGGUCUUCUCUCCUUUUACUACAUGCGAUGUCUGGGGAUAUAGUCUAUGCUGAUAUCAAAACUGUUCAGAUUUCGUCUUCAAAACAUUCACCUCCACUUCAGAAAACUGAUUCUCACCAUUAUGGAAUUUUCCAGAAAGCUGGAUGUGCAAUGAUCAUCCUCCUUGUGGUAAUAAUAAUUGUGCUGAGCAUUUUUGUCAUCCAGUUGAACUCUGCAAGACAUUCCAAGGCAAAUAAUGAAUCAAUAAAGAAACACUGUACUGGGAAAAAUAAAUCUGGAACAAACAGCUCAAUAGAUUCUUCCAACUCUUCCACUGCCAAUCAAUCCUGCCCCUCCGAAGACUGGCAGCUACAUGGAGGGAAAUGUUACUGGGUUUCUGAAACCAAAAAUUCUUGGGGAAAAAGUCAGGCUGACUGUGCCGCGAAAAAUUCAGAACUCAUUGUGAUUCGAGACUUCAUUGACAUGAGUUUCCUAUGGCUGCAUUUAAAGGCUUCAAACUUAUAUUGGAUUGGCUUGAGUAACUCCGCUGGAGGAAAAUUAUGGGUCUGGAUGGACAACAGCUCUUUUGACUCAGAUCUGUUUUCAAUAAAAGGAUCCAGUACAGGGACCCGGAGCAUGAAAUGUGCCUAUGUGUCUCGUGCUGAGAUUGUUGCAGAAAAUUGUGAGAAAAAUCAUCAGUGGAUUUGUGGACUGUAAUCUACUCUGCAGAAAACCGAUAUCCAUUUCUGUGACUGAAAGGCACCAAAUGACCUUUGAUUUCAGAUCACAGAAAAUCCAGAGUGGUGUGUGUGUUCUAGAGUGCUCUGUGUGUGUGUGUGUGUGUCCGCAUUUAUGCCGCCACUUCUCAGAGGUGUGGGAAAGGUGAUGGAGAGGAAAUAAAAUGUUACAGAAAAUGA